AUGGCAGAUGAAAGCACACUCAACUGCAUCGAUAUCCUCCUUGCCAUCCUCCUUCCUCCUCUUGGUGUUUUCCUCAAGUUUGGCUGCAAGGUAGAGUUCUGGAUCUGUUUGUUGCUCACCAUUUUCGGCUACAUUCCUGGAAUUAUCUACGCUGUCUAUGCCAUCACCAA